AUGGACGACUCCAAUCGCCAAUCUGCACGAGAUAGAAGAUUACAAGAGCAACAAGACCAUGAAGUUGCGCUGCGUUUGGCGGGCUACGAUGUGCCUUCCAGCAUCGCUAGUGAUUAUUCCAAGGCGGAUGAAGAUUUGGCUAGGGAGAUCUAUGAAGAUGAGCUGAGUCAACUCCUUGAGUCGACAUCUUUGACCACAGAGGCUGGUCCUAGCACGGGGAAAACGAACGAGACUUUGGAGAUAUCAGCUCAAGAAGAUCAACCUGGUGAUACUGAUGCUAGGGCCUUUGUCCAGGGAAGGGCUCCGAGGAAUUGUGUUGCUUGCCAUGAUAGUCCGGGGAUUAUAGCCGUACCCUGCGAUCAUCGCUACUGCGUACACUGUCUCACAGAGGUCUUCCGUAAUGCCAUGAGCGACGGAUCCGCCUUUCCACCCCGAUGCUGUCGGCAAGAGAUUCCAAUCGCUGACAUCCGACUAUACUUGGAUCAAAGUUUUGUCCAAGAGUUCGAGAAGAGAGCAGUAGAACUUGGAGCAGCACACCAAUUGUACUGCUACGAAUCGACCUGCUCCGCAUUCAUUCCCACGGAUAAGAUUCGUGCAGACGAUAAUGCUCAGUGUCCAGACUGCUCUCGAUGGACCUGUAUGCAUUGCAAAGCGCAGAGACACGAUGGUGACUGCCAAGAAGAUGAGAAGGUGCAACAGCUUCUACAAGUGGCCAGCCAGGAGGGUUGGAGGAGAUGUGAGUGUGGGAUCAUGAUCGAGCUCAACACAGGCUGCCACCAUAUGACAGUAAGUCCGACUCUUGCAAUCUGCUGGAUCGUCUACUAA